AUGGCAGAUAGUGAGCACAUCACCUAUCAUUUUGCGACGAUGUUCCCAAGCUUGAUUCCGGACUCGCAUCGAGAUCAGAUUGUUGCGUUGCUCGAUGAGAUCCACAAGCUCCCAUUCUUCACGCUGUCCUUUGGAGGCCAUAAGGCCGUGGUCUCUCCACGAGGCGCCUUGACCAGAAUGCGGGAGAUGCUCGACGGAAAUGAGAUCUCGGAAAGACACCGAAAGCUCCUUCAAGCCAAGUGGGAUAUGUAAGUACUUUAGAGCUUGUUGAAAGGGUACAGAGCUGAUGGCGCUUCAGGGCGAAUAAAGUCGAUCUAAACGCCAAACUCACGCCUGAGGCAAUCCGAGAUGCAGAGGUCACGCACAAGAAAUUCUUCGAUCGUAUCUGUGGAUACCUCCCAGGCAACGGAGAUGGACCAUGGAUGUUCGGGUUGCAGCAACCCAGCGCCUUCGAUGCUCAUCUCGUUCCCGUUCUUGUGAGAUUGCAGGACGUAGGCCGAGGAGCUUUGCUGCCCGGGAGCCUGGCGGAGUAUGCUGAGAGAGCCAAGAAGACGCGCGAAUGGCAGAGCGUUAUGAAUGGAUUGCGGACGACAAUGUAUAUGGGUUAA